AUGGCCGCACAAUUGGACUUCACCACAUUCCACAAUGUGAUCAACAAUGAAUUGACGCAGACCUCCCAAACCCGACAGGGAGUCAACCCGGCCAACAGCCAACCAAACCCCCCGGUGCCCGUUUCAACCCAGGAGGAUCUUGACACGGCUGUCAAGGCAGCCCGUGCGGCCUUCAAGACAUGGUCCAAGACUUCCUUUGAGGAACGCAGAAAGGCAUUGGCUGCGUGGGCAGACGCCAUUGAUGCCAAUGCGGAGGGGUUCACCAAGACUCUCACCAUGGAGCAGGGAAAGCCAUUGACCCAAUCCUCCGUGGAGGUGGGCAUGGCGGGAGUGUGGAUCCGUGGUCUGAGCUCCAUUGAGAUCCCCGAGAAUGUCAUCGAGGAGACCGAGGAUAGAACGAUCGUUCAACGCCAUGUCCCUCUCGGCGUGGUGAGCGGAAUUGUGCCCUGGAAUUUCCCCGUGCUGCUGGCCGUUGGCAAGAUCGCCGCUGCGUUGUAUACUGGAAACACGAUCAUCGUGAAGCCAUCUCCAUUCACCCCAUACUGCGGCUUGAAGUUGGCCGAGCUCGGCAUGCAGUUCUUCCCCCCUGGCGUGUUCCAGUGUCUGAGUGGUGACGAUAGUCUGGGCCCCAUGAUCACCGAGCACUCGGACAUUGACAAAAUCAGCUUCACUGGCUCGAUCCUCACCGGUAAACGGGUGAUGGCUUCUUGUGCCAAGACACUCAAGCGUGUGACCCUGGAGUUGGGCGGAAAUGAUCCCGCCAUCGUCUGCGAGGACGUUGAUAUUGACGCCAUCAUCCCCAAGAUUGGUAUUCUGUCAUACCUGUGUAGCUCACAGAUUUGCAUGAUGAUCAAGCGUCUUUAUGUGCACGAGAAGAUUUACGAUGAGUUCUUGGAAAAGCUCGUCACCUUCGUCAAGACUCUGAAGGUCGGCGACGGCACAGAGGCGGAUACAUUCUUCGGACCCGUUCAGAACGAGAUGCAGUUCGAAAAGGCCAAGGAACUGUUCAGCAGUCUUUCCACCGAGAGCCUCAAGACCGCACUGGGAGGCUCGAUCGAGAACUCCUCCGGCUAUUACAUUCACCCGACCAUUGUCGACAACCCUCCAGAGUCCUCGCGCGUGGUGCAGGAGGAGGCAUUUGCCCCCAUUCUGCCAGUCCUCAAGUGGUCCGAUGAAGAGGAUGUGAUUGACCGUGCGAACGCCCUGAAGACUGGACUUGGCUCUUCGGUCUGGAGCAAGGACUUCGACCGUGCGACCCGUAUUGCAGACCAACUCCAGUCCGGUAGCGUGUGGGUGAACAGCCACUUCGAUGUGUCCCCCACUGCGCCCAUGGGUGGCCACAAGGAAAGUGGCAUGGGAAUGGAAUGGGGAUUGACUGGUCUGCUCACUUACUGCAACUCCCAGACCCGGUGGUUGAAGAAGAGCUUCUAG